AUGAGCGCGCGGGUGCUCACGGGGGGGCCACCCCGGGUCCAAACCCGGGCGCCCGCAACCCACGCGGGUCGCCAAAAGGCGGUUCGAUGCACCGCGGCGCUGGCAAGGGGCUCGCCCGCGGGCCAGCGCGUCCUCCGGUUUCCCGCGAAGGGUUGGGACGUGACGUACGGAACCCAAGCGCAGCUCGUGGACAUCAGCGAGACCCAGGCCAAGGCGUUCUUCGAGCCGGUGAUGCCCAUCAUCGACCCGCUGCUGCUGCAGUACUUCAGAGGCGACGUGAGCGUGACGCUGGGGCGGAAGUACGAGUACUUGGACAGCAGGAGGUUCGCCCCGCUCGUCGCCGUGGCGAGCGGGAACGGGGAGGAUGACGACGGGGGCGCCCGCGGAUUGAACCGCGAUCGGUUCGGCGCGACGGGGCUGUCGUUCAGCGGGCGGUGGCCCGCGAACGCCAGCGCGGACGACCGCGCGUCCCCGACCACGGACGACGCGCCCCCGAGGCCCAUCAUGGGCGUCGUCGAGCUCAGCAUCCAGCGCGACGAGGACGUGCUCGCGAUGCUACCCACGCCCGGCGAGCGGGGCGCCGGAUUGGGAGCCGCGACGACGCGAUGGGCGGAUGGGCUGGGAACCCCCGGCGGCGACAUGGAGCGCUGGGCCCAACGCAGGCAGGAGGCCAGGAACCUGCGGCCGCGCGUCGGUCGAUGGGUGGGCGGGGCGCCCGCGGACGAGUACGCGUACGUGUCCUGCAUGUGCGUCAAGGACGACUACAGGCGCAUGGGCGUCGCGGAUACCCUCAUGGAAGCGGCGGAGAAAGUGACGAAACAGUGGGGCUACGAUUGCGCGUGCCUUCACGUGUUCCAGAAGAACGACGCCGCGAUCAAGCUGUACACGCGACGGGGAUACGUGGUGGUGGACGACACGUGCCCCUUGCCCGACGCCCUGUUGGGCAAGCAGCGCUACCUCAUGGUCAAGACGCUGUGA